UCUCUUUCUCUCUCCUUCAAAUCUCCAUAGAAAAAGAAAAAUGCUCCCAACCAAACUUCAAACACAUCCUUGCUAAAAUUCUCUGCGUUUUCAUCACAACCCUUCUCUGAUUCCUCUUCAAUUUUGUUUCUCUUCUUGCAAAACUUUAGGUCUUGUUCUGUCUCUGGUCAGAUUUUUGGGUUUGUCUUUUUCUGAUAAACUGGAGUGGAGCUAAGUCAAGAUGGCGUGGGUUUCCUUGUUUGUAGAUCACAAAAGAAAUUGUGUUCGCUUGGUGGUGUUUUUUCGCGUGAUUCUGUAAUUUAAUUAGCUCAGCUGCAGGUGUAGUCCCAUUAGGUUUGUGAAGGAACGUUUUCCAUUAGUUUUUCCUUUCAUUUCCAAAGCUGUUGGGAGGAUUGAUAAUAUGUACUUUGCGAUAACGAUAAAGAGAUACCGAGCUGUGAAGGAAGUUGGACAAAUUAAAAUGUGUGUUGGAGUCAUUGCGUACAACCAAUUGAUGCUUGUUUGCCAGGCUGAGUAUUUCCGUCAGUUGCUUAAACCUGUUACGUAGUCUAGCACUGAGGGACAUUGGUUUAGGGGGGGGAUUGCCUUAUAGUACUUCAUCAUUAUAAAGCUGCAGAGAGAUGAAGAUUUAAUUUGGAAAAGUUGUCACCACUUCUUAGAUGGAAAUUGGAAUCACCUUAGCACCUUCUGUUUAGUUUUAACAUUCCUUUAGGAAGUUCCUUCCAGCUUUAGUACAGAAUAAUUGCCAGUUGCAUAGGCUAAAUCAGCAUUGACUCGAACGUCGGUCAGAGUGAAUAGGUAACAUAAUGCAGACUCAAGAAUAUUUUCUCCCGGAGAAGAUGGUACUUCCUUUGGAAGAUGAGGCCAUUGAUGCUCAUAUGCAUGUUCCAUUUGCUUCUUCCUUCGAUGCAUUUUUACCUGAUGCAUUUUUACCUCCAGGCGUGAGGCAGAUGACACCCUUUGAAAGAUUUAAUUUGCAACCAUCUGAGGCUUGCCCUAAGAAUUUCAUUAUCUUUGAUCAAACAGAUCAACAAAGCAGGAUUAUGUUCCAUCCUGCAAUGACCUACAAUUUUAGUGGUCCUGGCUUAAAUGUUCAUGCUACUUGUCAAGAUUUUGAGAAGAAUAAAGUCAUUCAAAUGGAAAGAGAAUUGUCAACUCCUUUUGAAGAAGAUCCUAAUGACAUUGAUGCAUUGUUGAGCAUAGGAGCAGACGAACUAGAAGACUUUGAUGAGGAAGAGGUAAGCACAGCAAGGACUCAUGAAAAUUAUGAAAGUAUAUCAGAUACUUGCUCAAGUUAUUGCUCAAAAUCAAGGAAAAAAAGGUCGUCAUCGUCUUCUGUGCAAAAGUCUUCUGGAGAAGGGGGUUACGGCCACAAUGAAGGGAAACACCGGGAGAUGAAGAGGAUGGUGAGGAUGUUGAGAAGGAUUGUGCCUGGUGGAGGUAAUCAAAUGGAUAGUGUUGCUGUUUUAGAUGAAGCUGUUAAAUACCUCAAGUCUCUCAAAGUUGAGAUGGAACAAUUCGGAGUUGGACCAUGAAAAUGUAAGUUGGUCAUAUGCUGCGGCAAAUAAUUGACUAUUUCUCCAACUUUGCCAUCAUCCUCUAUGAAUUAGCAUCCUUCUAGCCUCGCUCACCAUCCUAGUUCCGUUUUAGUUCCGUUUUAUAAGAAGAGGCCUUUGCUAAGUAAUAAAUUAUGACUGACAUUUUACUCUUUCUGGUCAUGUAAGAAAUUACUAUCGUAAUUGUACUUUUCGGUUGUGCUUGAUUGUGUUGUUGGCUUAUCUCUUUUACCCUAAAACUCGGUUUAUUAUUCAUGUUAUGCUAUGAAUGUACCAUAAUUUUUUAUGGUUGAUAACUCCCUUGCUUCA